AUGGAUGCAACAUUAGUUGAUGCAUUUCUAAACCAAUAUAACAUGGGGUUGAAGGUGAAUGGAACUUUCAUUUCCAAGGGUUAUGAUAAUAUUGUUGAUGAACUUGCAAAGAAUUUCAACAUCAAGAUUGAAAAGAAUCAAGUGAAGAGUCGAUGGAAGAUCUUAAAAAAACAUUUCUCUGAUGCUUAUGAUAUCUUCAAGAAUGGCAUGAGUGGAUUCACUAUAGAUCCAAUAACUCAAAUAUGGAUGGCUGAACCAGAAGUAUGGAAUGAUCUCAUCAAGGUGAAGGCUCAAGCUAAGAUAUAUAUGCAAACUGCUGUUCCACACUAUGAUAAAAUGGUCAUUUUGUAUGGGAAGGAUAGAGCUACAGGAAAUCAUUCUGUAACUGCUUCAGAGCUACGAAAGUGCCCAAGUUUCAUUCUUUCUGACGAUUUUAUUGAUGUUGAUCCCAUUAUGUCUCAAUUUUCAGGACAAAAUGCACAACAUUUUGUAGAUGAUGAUGUGGACAUGGUGCCACCUUCACCUUUCGAGCAUGUCUCUCCUUCUUCCCAUGGUGCUAGUGGUGGCAACAAAAAGUCCAAAAAAUCUGUUGAUAAAGAGAAAGAGGUUAGUGAAGGGAUGAAAAAUGCAAUAGAGAAAGUGGCAGAUGCAAUUAAAAAUUCUGGUCAGCUUAUUGCAGAGAAUAUUAAGUCUUCUAGUGAGAUCAUUGCAAAGAAAGCUCCAAUAUCUCCAACAGAGACAUAUCAAAUUCUACUGGACUUAGGAUUUUAG